UUUGAAGAAGUCUAUUCGACAAAAAAUGGAAGCCCUGAACCACCAAGGACCGUAAACAUGUAGAUGGGUCGGCUGGUCUCACCGAAUUCAUAGUUCAGAAGAGGUCUUUCUGAAAUCAUCUCCAUGUUGGAAUACAUCUCAUCUAAGUUCCAAGAUUUACCGUUUAACUAGAUCAAUAUUAUGGAGAUCAAUACUAUAAAUAGAAGAAACAGUUAGGGUACCUCAUCAUCAAAACCUUCUUCCUUCUUUUACACUUUCAUCAUUUUGAAGCCACAAUGACAAACCACAAAGCUGCCACUUCCCUUCUUCAGAUUGUAUCCUUUCUUUCUUUCUUCUUGCUAGCCACUUUUCCACACCCAAUUCUGUCCACAAAAAGUUCAAAAGGCUUCGAGUUCCUAAAAAAUCUAGAGGGAUGCCAGAAAGGUCAGACAGUUAAAGGCCUGCGUGAACUCAAACUGUAUCUCAAAAAAUUUGGGUAGGCAGAUGUCCAUAAAAACCAUAGACAGUAUGAAAAUUCUGACCGAUUUGAUGACAUUUUAGCUUUGAUGCCACGGUGAAACAGAUGACUGUACCCAGAUGUGGAAUCCCGGACAUCGUCAAGGGAAAAACUCCCAUGAAAUCAGGCAAGGAGGGGCAUAUUAGUGGAGGUAAAAGCAGCUCUCUCCAAACUGCUAAACCAUUUAUCUUCUUCCCAGGAAUCCCUAAGUGGCCACUUUCUAAAUCCCACCUCACCUAUCGAUUCAACUCUAGCAUCCUAGUUACUGACACCAAGACUUUGAAAGCUGUCUGCUCAAGUGCUUUUGCAAGAUGGGCAGAAGUGUCCCAUUUUACAUUUUCUGAAGCUGUUCAUCCUCAUCAGAAGCCUGAUAUUGUGAUUGGAUUUCACCGCGGUCAUCAUGGUGACAUGAGCAGCUUUGAUGGUGCUGGUGGAGUACUUGCUCAUGCUUUUUCACCCAGAGAUGGACGGUUUCAUUACGAUGCAGAAGAGAAUUGGAGCACUUAUCCGGUUCCAGGGCAAUGCACAAUGGACCUGGAAACAGUUGUGUUACAUGAAAUUGGGCAUCUUCUAGGGCUUGGCCACAGCACAGAACCAAAUGCAGUCAUGUUCCCUAGCAUCAGAGCUGGAUCCCUAAAACGGAAACUGGAUGUAGCCGAUAUUCGAGGUAUACGUGCCUUGUAUCGUAUCCACCCAUAAUUAUGAUUACCAUACAUAGUAAAGAUACAAAAGCAAAAGAAGUUUUGCAGAUACAUAAACUAGGUAAGUAUAUAUGGUGGUGAUCAGAGCAAAUUCAUUGGUCAAUACUACUUGUCAUGUUAUCAAUCUUUUACUUAACAGUUUACAUAAUAAGAGGGAUGUACGUGUAAGAAACAACUUUCACAAAGAAUUGUUUUAUUUGGUUGUAUUUCCUAAGAAAAGUAAAGAGAAUUUUUAGUA